AUGUAUUUAUAUGGUAUAUAUCCAGGUGCUGGUGUGUCGACAUCUACUGGUAUCCCUGAUUUUCGAUCAGGGAUGAAUACUAUUUUACCAACGGGUCCUGGUGUAUGGGAACUUCGAGAUCACCCCGGUGCAAAGCGUUCACCAACAACUCGAACUACAACAUCAACAAAAGCUAUUCCAUCUGCUACUCAUAUGGCUCUUGUUGAAUUAGCACGUCGAAAUCUUUUACAUUUUGUUGUUUCACAAAAUACAGAUGGUUUACAUUUACGAUCUGGUUUACCAUCAAUUAUGUUAGCUGAACUUCAUGGAAAUUCAAAUUUAGAAACAUGUCAAAAAUGCCAUACAAAAUAUUUACGUGAUUUUCGUACACGUACUGCUGCUGCAGUACAUGAUCAUGCUACAAAUCGAAAAUGUACUCAAUGUGGUUCAACACUUUAUGAUUCAAUUAUUAAUUUCGGUGAAAGUUUACCUAAACAUGAAUUAAAAACAAGCUUUGAUCAUGCAAGACAAGCUGAUGUUUGUCUUGUCUUAGGUUCAUCAUUACGUGUAACACCAGCAGCGCAUAUUCCAAUGAUAGUCGCUCAACACGGUGGAAAAUUAGCCAUUGGUAAUUUACAAUCAACCCCAUUAGCUUCAUUAGCUAAAUUAAAUAUUCAUGCAAUGUGUGAUGAUCUUAUGCGAAAAUUAAUGGAAAAAUUAAAUAUUUCAAUACCUGAAUGGGAACUUCAUCGACGAAUACGUAUUACGAUUAAACAACAAACUGUUUCAAUAAUAGGUUUAGAUCUUAAUCAAGAUAUUGCUUAUACACUUUUUUCAACAGUAAGAAUACUUAUAAAACAAAAUACUCAAACAAUAUAUGAUUCAAAACUAAUCAAGGGUGAAGAACCAAUCGAACAUAAAAUACACAUAAAUCAACCAAAUGAGAAUAUGAAUUUAUAUAUUGAAUUAAAUUGGCAAGAACAUUACAAUGAACCAAUGUAUACAAUCAACAUACCAUUUGUCGAUUCAAUGAAAGAAAUACAUUUAUUUUAUAAUCCAAAGACUGGCAGUUGGAGAGAAGAAUAA